GCCUACCUAACCCGUCGCCUUCCUUGAUUCCCCCCCGUGACCUCCGACCAAUUCCCCGAGCGCGGCCGCGGCAGAGACUUGUGCCCAAGUCUACUCACCCAGUCUCCCCACUCGCCCUAGCCCCGCCCCGAACCCCACGCUCCCGCUCGCUCCCUCUUCACGCGGCAUGGACCACCUCGCCGGGAGGCUCGCCGCGGCAUCCAUCUCCUCACCCGCCGCCGCCGCGGGGAGGGACGACGACGUCGACGCCCACCUCGUCCACGCCGUGCGCGCCGUCGAGGGCGCCGAGGCCACCAUCCGCAAGCAGGUCAGGAUUAAGUUGGAAGAGAAUAACCGCCUAAAGGAGGAGCUGAUGCUCAAGACACGGCAAUUGCAGAUGAUUAGGGAGGAAGCUACACCUCAGGGCUCUUUUCGUGGUGUGAGUCAAGAGCCCCGUGCUCCUGUCACUAAUAAGAUGGAUGACUCCAAAUUUUUUGACAGCACUUCAGCAAAUCCUCGAAGCACCUCUAUCCCUCAUCAGAAUGGGAUUUUGGAAAGUGGAGGAGAGCCUCUGAGGCAUGAAAGGAUGAAACACAAGUACCUUGACAGUGGCCAGGCUUAUGGAGCUUUUAAAAGAUCAUCAGGGGAACCGGCUGCUGUGGAGAAUGGUGGACCAUCACAGUUCUCUACUCCAUCAUCUCGUUCCCUUUCUCCAACUAGGUAUAGAAAAGAAGGAGAGUAUGAUUGUAGAAUCAACUUAGCUGGACAGGAGCUAUUGCCUGUUUCAGAGAUGAACUCAAACAUAUCCUGGAAGCAGGACCUUAUUGUGAAGGCCAAAGAACAGGAAGAAGAGAUUGCACAGUUAAGAAACCAUCUUGCUAAUUACUCAGUGAAGGAAGCACAAAUUCUCAAGGAUAAAUAUACAUUGGAAAAAAGAAUUGCUUAUAUGCGCAUGGCAUUUGGUCACCAGCAACAAGACUUAGUUGAUGCAGCAUCAAAAGCUUUAUCAUACAGACAAGACAUUAUGGAGGAAAACGUCCGUCUGACAUAUGCAUUGCAGGCUGCACAGCAAGAAAGAUCAACUUUUAUAUCUUCUUUGCUGCCUCUUCUGUCUGAGUAUGAAAACCUACGACCUUCUACAGUCGAUGCUCAUUCUAUUGUUAGUAAUUUAAAGGUUUUGUUUAGGCAUUUGCAGGAGCAACUUAUUAUUACUGAGGAGAAAGUUAAGGUGUCACAAUAUCAGAUUACCCCAUGGCAAACUGAAUUGCCAAAUAGGACCAGUCUUCCUGUACAGUCACCUAACCAUCCUCUUGGAAAACAAUUGAACAAAAGCAGCCUUGAUAUUGUGCCCCAGACAUCAUAUCCUCAUGUACAAUCUCCAAUGUCUUCCCCCGUGCAAGCUAGGGGUGAUUGGAGUGUAUCAGGGAACAAAAACCGUGAAGUCAUUCCAAGUGAGGCUCCUGCAAGAAACACUGAUCAUGAUUACAGAGGAAGGCCCUCUCUUUCAAGCAGCAGCCAAUUUAGGAAGGAUGUUUCUGCUCAAGCAUCUCAACAUGAUUCUCGAGCUGUCCAGUUUGAUUUCGAGACCCAGAGCCAAAACCCACCAUUCAAUGGCCCUACUAGAAGCGAUGUAUUUGAUGGUUCUGUUGGUGCUGAAGCCCAACAUGCGCGAGAACUGGCUGCUCAAUGGGGUCCUGGAGAUUCACCUAAUUUAGCACCUGGCUUUGAUGAAGCAAACCCUCCAUACCCUUAUCUUCCUACUGUCCCCGAGGAGCCUGGUUCAUCUUUCUCUGAAGCUGCAGAGGACGAUCCAUUACCAGGCAUAGAAGGUCUUCGAAUAACGGGUGAAGCUUUUCCUGGACGAGAACUUCAAGCAAGUGGGUACUCCAUUGAUGGAACCACAAGUUGUAAUUUUGAGUGGGUGCGCCAUUUGGAAGAUGGCUCCGUAAAAUUCAUAGAAGGAGCAAGGCAACCUACCUAUUUGGUUACUGCUGAUGAUGUGGACACUUUACUAGCCAUUGAAGUCCAACCCCUAGAUGAUAGGAAAAGAAAGGGGGACAUUGUCAAGGUCUAUGCUAAUGAGCAAGCAAAAAUUACUUGCGAUCCUGAAACAAAGGAGCUUAUUAAGAGAACUCUUGAAGUUGGGAAUGUGUCUUAUCAAGUCCAACUACCUGUGAAAUUCAUAGACAUGUGGGAACCAGCUGUUUUGGCAAUAAAGAGGGAAGGUUACAGCAUUAAAUGUAAUGGGCAGCGUGGUGUUGUUCUCACGGAGAAAUUUCAGCAAGCAACUGCUAUUAAUAUUCCGCCAGGGUACGAACGUGCAACAGAGUUUUUGAUCGUGUCUGCUGAUGGUCUCGAUUAUACCCUCAGGCCAGCAGAAAAUAUGCCACCGCGGGAUACAAUUGUUCUAGUAUUAAGAUUGUUCAGAACUAUGGCCGUCGAGAAGAGGAGAGGAAGAAAAAAGGGCCUCUUCUUCAAGUAGAUCGAUCCUGCUCAUGCAUAUUCGCCUGUAUAUUUAUUCGCCUUGCCAGUGUAGCCAAGAUUGUGGUGGUGAUAUAUAGCCUGAUAGGUGUGGUGGCAUAUUCUUCAUGUUGUUGUAUUCGUCGCGACGCGAUUUUUGUUGUAAUCGAGUAGCCAGAGAACCAGAAGUGACAGGUGUUUGUAAGAAAUCUAGAGAGAGAUCUAGAGAGCCCCAUUACUGUAAAUCAAACACAGCUCAGUAGAAAUGGAAUCACCUUUUUACUGGCAG